UACUGUUCUGCGUUCACAACAUUGUGACAAGUAUAAUCUGUUUCAUACUGUAGGUCUCCAUCAAUCUGACCAUGAGGUCUAAAACUACAGAAUGCCGAUUCUAUAGCAAACUCUAAGGAUCUGUUUCCCAGAUUGUUUCCUUUAGAUGCCUUACUUCAGAAUGUCCAUAAAAUGCUUUUGUGAUCCUGUUGUGAAUGGAACUGAACUUGAUUUCACUACAUGCAACAUCUCUUCAUUCAACCACACUGGCAAUGGAACUGAACCUUGUCAGCCCCAAACAUUGGAAGAUAUCCUGUUCCGACUCCUUGGGCCAAGGAGGUCUCCAUUCUUCCUCCCUGUGACACUAACAUACGUACUUAUCUUUGUUACUGGUGUGGUGGGGAACCUUCUCACCUGCACUGUGAUCACUAAGCACAGAAAGAUGAGAACACCUACCAACCUGUACCUCUUCAGCUUGGCCAUCUCUGAUUUGCUGGUGUUGCUGUUUGGAAUGCCUCUGGAGAUAUACGACCUGUGGCAGAACUACCCUUUCCCAUUUGGUGAGAGCAUUUGCUGUUUCAAGAUCUUUUUGUUUGAGACAGUUUGCUUUGCAUCUGUGCUCAAUGUCAUGGUUCUAAGCAUUGAACGUUAUGUGGCUGUGGUCCACCCGCUCAAGACUCGAUAUGCUAUCACCAACAAACAUGCCCAGAGGGUUAUUGGAGGGGUUUGGGCUGUGUCUCUGAUCUGCGCCAUCCCCAACACAUCUCUCCAUGGCCUACAUUAUUAUUAUCUACCGGAGAAGGUCCUUGAGUCAGCCACCUGCAACCUUCUCAAGCCCCAGUGGAUCUACAAAUUGGUGAUCCAGGUGACCACCAUUUUAUUCUACUUUGUGCCCAUGACAGUGAUCAGUGUGCUGUAUCUAGUGAUAGGGAUACAGCUGGGCAGGGAGCAGAGGCAGAAGGGUAGGAAACUGGGGAAGAAUUGCAGUGAAGACACCAGCUGGAAGAUCCAAGUUGAGAGUGGACGCAGGAGGCAGAUCACCAAAAUGCUAGCUGUUGUGGUGCUGGCCUUUGCUAUCUGCUGGGCUCCAUUCCACAUUGACAGACUAUUGUGGAGUUUCAUCACUAAUUGGACUGACCACAUGUACAACAUCUUCGAAUAUGUGCAUAUCCUCUCCGGAGUGUUGUUUUACCUCAGUUCUGCCAUCAAUCCUAUAAUCUACAACCUUCUCUCCAGCCGCUUUCGAGAGCAAUUUUUCGAGCUGAUGUGCAGGCACCCAGAAGUCAACACCUCACAGAACAUCUCUCCACCCUACAGCAAGAGGAUUUCCUUCCCUAAAAGCCACAAGGCCGUCAGAACCAACUCUCAGGGCCACAGCAGCUAUCCAAAUGGCCCCCAACCCUCUGUUAUCCUCGGCACAGGAUGGGAGCAGGAGCUUGAUACUACUUUUAUGUAACACAGUGCAUGGAGUACCACCCUCAACAUGGAUGUUUUUUUUUUUUUUUAUCUAAUGGGGAAAGCUAGCAUUCUCUGCCAAUUAACAUUUCUAAAAACCUGUGUGAAAAGGAAAUGAGAAAGUGUCAUUUUUAAUGUCAUUUGUGUUUGUGAUUGCUUAGAUUAUAAUUUAUAUUUCUGCCCAGCUAUCGGUAGUAAAAACAUCAGUGUCCUAUACAGUCAAUUAAGGGUGUGCAACAAAAUUAUCACAUUUAUAACAACAUCCUAUGAUACAUGAUAUGUACCUAGUUGUGCUAACAAACUAGCAGUAGAACACUUUGCAAUUUCUAAACUUGCAAUUUAGAAAACUAUGGAAAAAAUGGUCUUCAGUGAUAGUAUUUAUUUAACUUCUACAAAAAAUGAUUUAAAACUGAAAAUGAAAAAAUAAAUCUGUGUAAAUUUGACAAUUUUAAUGGUUCAGUACA